UUUAUUAUCUGAAUUACUCUAUUAAAAACCGACAAAAAAUGGUUACUUUAAAUCAACCAAAUCUUCAAAAGAUUCUUCAUCUUCCGGCCUCUCAACGAGCCGUUCCAUAUGCUGUUAUGGCUACUGCAGUUUGUGUAGCUACUUAUUAUCUCCUAAAUGUUAGAGAACCAGUUGGAAUUCAUUCUCUAAAGAAAGGAAAGGACCAAACGGAAAAGAAAAAUUAA